UUAUUUCUUUCUGUUCAAGAGCUUUAGAAUUUGACUCCUGAAACAUCAAGAAGCAGCUCCAGGACUGAUCUUCUUCUGAAGUUUCUCAUUAAAGUUUCUCCAAACAUCAGAGACUUUGAAGGAACUGACUGAAGCAAGAAAAACAUCAAAGAUGCAGAGUGCUGGUCUGCUGUCAGUCCUGGUCCUGGUUCCUCAGCUGGUCGGCGGUCUUCCUGGGGUUCCUCCUGUGGACUGCAGUGAUAUCUACGAGCAGGACAACAGCAGACCCAGUGGAGUUUACACCGUCUAUCCUGUAGAAGACACAUAUGGUGUCCAGGUGUUCUGUGACAUGGAUUCCCUCGGAGGACAGUGGAUGGUCUUCCAGAGGAGGAUGGACGGUUCUUUGAACUUCUACAGACCCUGGGAUUAUUACAGGACGGGUUUUGGUUCUGCUGAUGGAGAGAUCUGGCUCGGUCUGGAGAAUCUCUUCCAGCUCUGUUUGAGGAAGAAAUACGAGCUGCUGGUCGACAUGGAAGACUUUGAAGGAAACAAGGCGUACGCUCGCUACUCCUCCUUCUCUGUUGGUCCAGAGACUGAAGGAUACAAACUGGAGGUGACGGGAUUCACCGAUGGAGGAGCAGGAGACUCUCUGAGUUACAUCAAUGGAAUGAUGUUCUCCACCUUUGACAAAGACCAGGACAUGUGGUACAAAAACUGUGCAGGACUUUCUUUAGGGGCGUUCUGGUAUAAGGAGUGUACCUACGUAAACCCGAACGGCGUUUAUCUCUGGGGCAAAUACUCAAAGCACCAGGCAGUCGGCGUGGAGUAUGAAGGCUGGAAGGGUAAUAACUACUCUCUGAAGAGCAUCAGCUUGAAGAUCCGUCCUGUCAAAUAAUUCUUUGGCUGAUGGUAUUCGCUCGUAUUGACAUGCAACCAAGGAAAAAAAAAAGUGUCACAAGAUAAUCUUUUAAUGGAAACAACUGUGAUUGUGAGCAGCUGCUGGCUGUGAAUCUGAUUGAAGUUUAAAGUUCUGCUAUCAUUAAAGAAGAAGAAAGUCA